GAGCACGCGCUAUUACUGUUUUACGUCUGUUUCUGGUGGCCAUUUUUGUGUAGGAACAAAGCCCGUAAAGAAACACGUAACAAUUUUAAAUAAACGGUAUAAUUUUAAUUAAUUUAACGUAUAAGGGAAAGAAAAUGUCGCAGAGACACACUAGAAUCGAUAUCGGAGUGCAGCCGAAUGCCAGAAAAAGUUUUUUUUUCUGUAGAAAAAUUGGCAGUGAUAAUUAUGAUGAACUUAAGCGUAAGAAAGAAGAUUUGAAAGCUCAGAAUAAAGAUGAUUUAAAAAAGCUGACCAAAGAUGAUAAGAAAACAGUAAAAGAUGAAAAAGAUAUUAAAAAACCAGGAGAUAAAGCUGGAAAGAAUGAAAAAGUCAUACAACUACCAACUGCUAGUCCUGUAGUAACACCUAUUCAGUUGAAAAUUAAUACUCUAACUGGAUUGCCACAUACACCACGAUAUUUUGAACAUUUUAAAAAGCGUAUAACAUUACCUGUAUGGGAAUAUAAAGAUAAAUUUUUUGAAACAUUGACAAAGAAUCGAAUCUUAGUAUUAGUUGGCGAAACUGGUUCAGGAAAGACAACGCAAAUACCUCAAUGGUGUGUAGAAUUUUUGAGAGAAAGAGGUGUAAAAAAAAGUGUGGCAUGUACACAACCUCGAAGAGUAGCAGCAAUGAGUGUUGCUGCUCGAGUAGCAGAAGAAAUGGAUGUAAUGCUUGGACAGGAAGUUGGUUACAGUAUUCGAUUUGAAGAUUGUUCAUCUUCUAAAACUAUUCUAAAAUAUAUGACCGAUGGUAUGUUGUUGAGAGAAGCAAUGAGUGAUCCUUUACUAGAAGCUUAUGGAGUAGUAUUAUUGGAUGAAGCUCACGAAAGAACUUUGGCUACUGAUAUAUUGAUGGGUGUUUUGAAACAAGUAAUCAAUCAAAGGUCUGAUAUGAAAAUUGUUGUGAUGAGUGCAACAUUAGAUGCUGGAAAGUUUCAGCAUUAUUUUGAUGAUGCUCCUCUUAUGACCGUUCCUGGUCGAACCCACCCUGUGGAAAUUUUUUAUACACCAGAGCCUGAACGGGAUUAUUUAGAAGCAGCAAUUAGAACAGUUAUACAAAUUCAUAUGUGUGAAGAGUCAGAAGGAGAUAUAUUACUAUUUUUAACUGGUCAAGAGGAAAUAGAGGAAGCUUGCAAACGAAUUAAACGUGAAGUAGAUAACAUUGGUCCAGAAGUAGGAGAACUAAAAUGCAUUCCUUUAUAUUCAACAUUACCACCUAAUUUACAACAGCGAAUAUUUGAACCACCACCGCCAAGUAAACCAAAUGGAGCCAUUGGUAGGAAAGUUGUUGUGUCCACCAAUAUUGCAGAAACAUCAUUAACAAUAGACGGAGUUGUGUUUGUGAUAGAUCCUGGCUUCUCUAAGCAAAAAGUAUAUAACCCUAGAAUUCGUGUAGAAUCUUUAUUAGUUUCCCCAAUAAGUAAAGCUAGUUCUCAACAGAGAGCAGGUAGAGCUGGUCGUACAAGACCGGGAAAAUGUUUCAGACUCUAUACAGAAAGAGCCUAUAAGACAGAAAUGCAAGAACAGACGUAUCCAGAAAUUCUUCGAUCUAAUCUGGGAUCAGUAGUUUUACAGUUAAAAAAACUGGGAAUCGACGAUCUUGUACAUUUUGAUUUUAUGGAUCCUCCAGCUCCAGAAACAUUAAUGAGGGCUUUAGAAUUAUUAAAUUAUUUGGGUGCGCUGGAUGAUUCAGGUGAACUGACUGAACUUGGUUCUGUCAUGGCAGAAUUUCCACUAGAUCCGCAAUUAGCAAAAAUGCUGAUUGCGUCAUGUGAUUACAAUUGUUCCAAUGAAGUUCUUUCUAUAACAGCUAUGCUGUCAGUUCCACAGUGCUUUGUUCGACCAAAUGAGGCAAAGAAAGCAGCGGAUGAUGCAAAGAUGAGAUUCGCCCACAUAGACGGAGACCACCUGACGCUCCUGAACGUAUAUCACGCCUUCAAACAGAAUCACGAAGAUCCUCAGUGGUGUUAUGAUAACUUUGUCAACUAUCGUUCCCUAAAGAGUGCAGAUAAUGUCAGACAACAACUUUAUCGUAUCAUGGAUCGCUUCAACCUACGGCGAACGUCUACAGACUUUUCGAGCAAAGACUAUUACAUCAACAUCAGGAAAGCUUUAGUAGCAGGCUUCUUCAUGCAGGCUGCACACCUGGAAAGGACAGGACAUUAUUUAACGAUUAAGGACAAUCAAGUAGUUCAGCUUCAUCCCUCUACAUGUCUGGAUCAUAAACCAGAUUGGGUCAUCUAUAAUGAAUUUGUUCUCACUACAAAAAAUUACAUUCGAACAGUGACAGACAUUAAAGCAGAUUGGUUAGUGAAGAUUGCUCCGAAUUACUACGACAUGGGAAAUUUCCCUCAGUGUGAAGCCAGAAGAGAAUUAGAACUUUUAAUAGCGAAAUUGGAAUCUCGUCAGUUUCAAGAAGGAUUCUGAUUGUAUUUAUUUUGUAAUGUCACAUAUUGAUUUUUUAUAUAUAUAAAAAUAUAUAUAUAAUUCAGUUAUAGAUUCCUAAAAAUUUGGUAUAGCAUCGGCAAUAUGUCAGUGGACAUUCUCACUCAUUUAUGUUUUCGAUUGUAUUCAUUUGAGAUAAGUAUGUUUCUCGUUGCCAUCAACUCAAUGAACAUUUCAUCCUCGAGACUGGAGAGAGAGUUUUAUAUGGGUGUCGCAGAUUAAAUUUAGUUCACUUUCUCAGCAGUUCUACUUUCCGUAUACUUCGGUGCCUCGUCCGAAUUGUUCCGGACACUACUUUACGAGAUUGAACACAGACGAAACGACAAACGGACAAGAUUGACAGAAUAGCGGUAGCAUGCAAGAGUCAUUCAUCACACAACGGGAAGAUAUAUUUUCUCAAAUGUUUCGAAUUUUCACAUUUUUUGGGUUUGGAAACAUACUUAUCUCCAUUUAAAUAAUCAUUUAAAUCAUAUGGCAUGAAUAUAUAUAAAUAAUAAUAAAAUAAGGUAUACUUA